AUGCAACAAGAUUCGUCGAUAAAAGCUAUUCAUGAUUUAGCCCGACGAAGUAAAAUAUUUGUUGAAUAUCGACUUGACAAAGAAUCUGGUCCAGCACAUGCAAAAAUGUAUACUGUUAGACUUCAUUUAGGUGAUAAAGAUUAUGUUGGUACUGAACGAAGUAUCAAGUUAGCACAACGUGCAGCUGCUCAAUCAGCUCUUAAUGAUCAUGAUAUUUCACAAAUAAAUAUUCAAUCACCAACUAUUGCAUUAAAUGCUUGGGCUAGUCGAAACCAUAUUCCUAUUCAAUAUGUUUUACGCAAAGAACAAUUUCUUUCAACAUCACCAAAUCGUUCUCAUAUUUUAUUUUAUUAUCGUGUUUAUCUCGGUCAUGAUUUAUAUUUUGAUGGUCAUGGUCCUACACAUCAACAAGCUCGUGUAAAUUGUGCUCUAAAUGCAUUUUAUUUCUUACGUCAAAAUCAAUUAUCUCCUCCAUCAACACCACAAUUAAAUUUUUCAUCAUGUUCUUCUCCUAUAUCAAAAAGCAAACAUUCAACUAAAUCUGAAAUAUCACUUAUGUAUGAACGUGCUAAACAACUUGGUCUUUCUGUUCAUAUUGAAUUUCUUGAUCGAUUUACAGUAACAUAUCAUAUUGGAGGACAAUAUUCUGCUACGGGAAAAGGUUUUAAUAAACAUUCUGCUAAACAAGCAGCUGCAGAAAAAAUGUUAAAAAUUUUACCAACAACUGAUCUUCAAUCAACUAUUAAUCCUAUAACACGUAUUUAUCAAUUCGCUCAAGCUCGACAAGUUAAAAUUGAAUUUAUUCCAAUAUCUAAUAAAGAUACUUAUAUUUUUCAAAUUAAAUUUGGUGAUAAUACUAUUGUUGAAGGACAAGGAAAAACUAAACAAAUGGCUAAACGAGCUGCAGCUGAAAUUUUACUUGAUAAAUUAGAUCCAAUUGUUGUUUUACCACCACCACCAGCUAAAGGUUUACUUAAACGUGAUGGAAAUAAAGAGAAUAUAACUAAACAAGAAAAAAAACAUGUACAUUUUGUUGAAGAAGUUAUUAAAAAAGAUGAACAAUUAUCUUCUCGACAAUCACCACCAUCACCAUCAUCAUCGAAUAUGUCUUGUUCAAAUAAACAACAAUUAAUUGAAGCUUGUCAAAAAUUUCAAAUUCAUUUAGAAUAUUUAGAUGAAAUGAUUAAAAAUGAAAAUUCUAAUAGUUCACGCUAUCAAUCUAUAGUUAGUUUAUCAACCAGUAAUCGUCUUCUUGCACAAUUUCGUGGUUAUGGUCCAACAUUAUUACGUGCACAAGAGAAUGCAUCAUCAGCAGCUUGGAAUAAUUUAAGACAAUUAUUUAAUGAAUCUAUUCAAGCAUCAUGCAAAUCAAAAAAACAAGAGAAAAAUAAUCAACAAAUUUCUAUUCAACUACAAUAA